UCCUGUACCCGGUUGAGGAAGUGAAUUCGCUGACAGGGCUGGGUUCCGUGAGGGAGGCGAAAGAAACAUAAUUUACCUGGUGGGGAUAAAAACAACAACAGUAUAGAAGAACAAGUUGUGCAAGCACAAUAAAACGUACGUGUAAAGCAUAUUUCCUCUCCGAGAUCGUCACUGAGCGCCGCAGACAUGAAUGACCAGCAGCUGGACUGUGCUCUGGACCUGAUGAGGCGUCUUCCUCCCCAGCAGAUCGAGAAGAAUCUCAGUGACCUCAUCGACCUGGUGCCCAGUCUGUGUGAGGACCUACUCUCCUCUGUGGACCAGCCUCUGAAGAUCGCCCGGGACAAGGUGGUGGGGAAAGACUACCUGCUCUGUGACUACAACAGAGACGGUGACUCCUACAGAUCCCCAUGGAGUAAUAAGUAUGAGCCACCCAUCGACGAUGGUGCCAUGCCAUCUGCCCGCCUGCGCAAACUAGAGGUGGAAGCCAACAAUGCCUUUGACCAGUAUAGAGACCUGUACUUUGAGGGUGGCGUAUCAUCUGUGUAUCUGUGGGACUUGGAUCAUGGCUUUGCUGGGGUCAUCCUCAUCAAGAAGGCUGGAGACGGCUCCAAGAAGAUCAAAGGCUGCUGGGACUCCAUCCAUGUGGUGGAGGUGCAGGAGAAAUCCAGCGGACGGACCGCUCACUACAAACUCACCUCCACCGUUAUGCUGUGGCUCCAGACGACCAAGACUGGGUCUGGAACCAUGAACCUGGGUGGCAGUCUGACAAGACAGAUGGAGAAAGACGAGACAGUUGGAGAGUCUUCCCCACAUAUUGCCAACAUCGGCCGCCUGGUGGAGGAUAUGGAGAAUAAGAUUCGCUCCACUCUCAACGAGAUCUACUUUGGGAAGACCAAGGACAUCGUCAAUGGUUUAAGGAGUGUUCAGACCCUGGCUGACAAGUCGAAGCAGGAGGCUCUGAAGAACGACCUGAUGGAGGCGCUUAAACGCAAACAGCAAAGCUAGAGAUGCUAUUUUUUAUUUUAUUUUCCUCUUUCUCUCUGUUCCCCUCGCACUAUCUCCACCUUACUCCAACCAUCUUUUUUCUGUUUCUGUUUGUACGUCUCUCCUUCCAUGCCUGUUUCAGUGCUGCACUGUUGUUCAUUUGUGGAAAAAACAAAAAGGAGAAAAUGCUUAGCCUUUUGUGUUUUUGUUUAUUUUCACGCAUUGUUUUGAGGCAUCUCAUUCGCUAUCAAGCCAUUCACCCACCCUGUCUCUCUCUCUGUCUCUCUCAUGUUAUGAAUAUUAUGAUAGUAUUCUUAAGGUUAAUGAUAAUCUUACAGUUUUACCGCAAUGUUUAUAAUCCCUAUAGCUCUGUCACAGCUGGGUCUGUUUUGAAUGAGUGACAUCAGCUUCUCCCCUAUCCUCUGGUUAGGGGACAGAGUCAGAUACAGACUGUACUGUAGCUUGGCUGGGCUAACAAAUCGUCAUUCAUUUCCACCAACGUUUUCUUUCUUGUACCCAUUAUAUCAGUGUCUGUGCCACCACCUUUCUUGAAAUAUAACUGUCAUUUUUCUGGGUGAUGUAAUGGCAAACGGAAUGGGAGAGGGUGGCCCUAGAUAUUAUGUAUUGUAAGGAUUGGUUAAUGGUUUGACCUUCGUCCCACUCUUACCCGCAUGCGUUGUGAGUCUGAAAGCAUUGGAUCCCGGGAUGGAGCUGUAGACCUCUAAAACAUGGGGAGGGACUGUUAAGUUCACUGUGUAUACCCAUGUCAUUAAGUCCCCCUCUUACACUGUGUAUAAUGUGACGAUUUGCAUACCUCUGUCUCUCUUUCUCCCUUUCACCUGGUCUAUGUUGGGGGUCACAGUUUUGUCUUUUUGCGUCUUGAAGGAAGCUUUUGACCGUUUCCGUUUUGGGGGGAAUCUUUUUUGUUGUAUUUUGUUAUUUUGUAAGCUAAUGAUUCAUAUUGUAUUAGAGCCUCCAGCAACAAUAAAAACAGUAAAAAAAACUA